AUGGCUCGCAAGAAGGUGAAUCUCCAAUGGAUCACCAAAGCCUCUAGCCGUGGUGCAACUUUUAGGAGGCGCCGCGAUGGAAUUAAGAAGAAUGUGGAUGAGCUAGCCACGCUUUGCGGCAGCAAGACUGAGAAGGUACGCACCAGCCUUGGCGAGAUGGUAGAAGAGAAGACUAAGAAAGUCAAAGAACGUAUACAACAACUUCGUCAGCUUGGCAUCUGGCAGGGAAAGAGAGCAGCACCGGAGCCCACUUUGCCACUGCAGCUAGGGUCAUCGUCAGCCCAGCCACUAGCACCCUACACUUUCAAUGAGAUACAAACAUCAUUGGUGCUAGUGGUGGGACACGUGCCACCCCAGCAGCAGGAUUGGAUGGCUAGCCUCACCACCAACGGAGGGGAGCUUGGCACCAUUGUCUCCCGUGCCUUCGCCGGUAGCAGUGGCGGGGUUGACAUGAUGCACCCUUACAAUAUGGAUUAUUUCUCAAGGUUCCCAUAG